AAUUUUCGUACUUCCGCCACUUCCGCUCCCGAUGCGCACGCGCGAGGCGCGGGAACCGCGCGCCAAAACCGAAGGUCUCUUCGCUCCCAAGUUCGAGUUGUUGGUAAACAACGUCUUCACUUCUUACCCUUUGACAGCCCUGCCGUCGUCGGCCGCGUUUAGACACACGUUUUAUAUGAAGUUUACCGUGAAUGGAGGGUUCACGAUGUCGCAACAUGGGGCUGCUCUGCAAACGUAUAAUCAGGAACUCGUCAAAUAUUUAGAAGAGAUGAAGCUGAGGCGAUUGGAACUUCAAGCUCAGGUAGAAUCCCAGGAAGAAGAGAAGAACAGCCUGCAACGCGAAAUUGAGAAGAUGUCGUGUAAGCUUACGCAGCUCAACGAUAGUUUAGCAAAAAGGAUCACGGUCAGAAACGAAUACGACAGGAUAAUUGCUGAAACCGAGGCGGCAUACGUGAAGAUUCUAGAGAGUUCCCAAUUAUUGCUUAAUAUGAUCAAAAAAGAAGCAGUGAGUCUGGAUCAGACUUUAGUUAAAGCCAAUAUUGAUAAGCAGCAGUAUCGAUAAUAAGAUAUAAAUUAGAGCUCGACAAAAAUGCUUGUGAGGGACCAGAUGCUGAGAAAAUGUAUUGUUUGAAAAUUUAUUAAACUAUUAAUGGAUGCAUUAUCACAGAGAUAUAGUUAUUAAUUGACAAGUACAAAAUUAAAUAUAUAGACUUAUAAAUAUAUAAACUUUGGAACAUACAAAAUUUUUAUAGCGCCUGCAAAAAUUUAUUAACUAUACAAAUGCCUGUGUGGAAUGUCUCUAAACUAGCGAUGUAUUUUAAUGACAAAAUGCGUACGGCGAAUAUUAACAUUUCAAGACGACAAUUUUAAUACGGGAAUGCCGAGGCUAGGAAUGGCAAAGUGGCUAGUGACGAAAAGUCUUUUCACGAGUCGAGGUGUCAUUGACAACCUUUUAACAACCAACCUCCUGCCAUUCCCUGAGCGAGCCAAAUUCUAGUAUGUCAUUCGCAAUCUCUACCCUCCUCCCACUUGAAAAACAUAGCCUUGAUAUGUCCGUACUACAAUUUCGUCUUAAAAUAUUACAAAAUCUUUGUCGUUAAAAUAUUUAUCACGGGUUCACAAAGACACACAGUAUAUGUUCUACUUAUGAUUAUUACAAAUAAUAUUAAUCAGUCUACGUGUGUUAAAUUAAAUGUAUAACUGAACGACAGUACUAUUUAUAAACUCGAGCGAAUAUAUAUGCAGUACAU